GUGAAGGGUUACACCGCGUUGUCUCGAAACUGGUCAAAUGUAGGAAUGGCUUGGGCGGGUUCUAAACUCCGCCAGAUUCAGAGCCUCGUUAGGGCUCUGGAUCUAGUUACCUAAUCCAGUUACCUAGUGACGUCAUCUAGUUGCAGCUAGGUGCCUCCGUUCUGACCAAUCCUUGCGAAGCCUCCGUAUAGCGAACUUAGCGAAUUCUCCUACCGCUAAGAUGUCGGGCAGAAAAGAGGAGUUUCGGAAGGGAUCACGAGCUAGUAAGCUGGAGGAUGCUGACGGUCACCGACGGAAACCGUUUAGGCAGCCGACGGAGGACGAUUCAGGUGACGAUUAUUCGUCUGAUGAGGACGCGGGUCCCAAGGGAAAACGUGCCAAGGAACCUGUCACUGCGUCGCGAGGCCGUGGCGCGGAAGCUGGCGAAAAAGCGAAGGUUGCGAAAGGUUCUGCGACAUCGGACAAGCUAGUGAAGGGCGCUGCUGCUGACGUGUCGCUCAAGGAUCGACCGAAGGUGUACUACUCGUCAGGUGAAGAUUCGGCGGACGAGGAAGACGAGGAUCUCGUGAAGCGGAAGAAACGCGACGGGAUGCGUGCUGCGGUGAACGGCGAUGUGCGGAUGAAAGACGGCAAAGGCUCGAAGGGCGAGGACGGUAAGUCGAGUGCUCCGAGAAGCAAAGAGCCCGAGAAAGUGAGCUUCAAGCGGGGAAAAGGGCCUCGGGGCGGCGACGACGGGGCGGAAAGGGAGGACGAGGAUCGGAAAGGCAAACGGUCGUUCCGCCAUGCUAAGAGGAGAGACGAGGAGAGCGACGAGGGCGAGGAGGUGGAGGAGGAAGAGGAAGAGGAACAGUUGGGUCGGCGGGAGCAGAAGGGGAGAGUGGUACGAAGGGAGGAGGAUGGGCGGAGGAAGGGAGGGGAGCGAGAGGUGCGCGAAGUGGGGCGGGAGAAGGAGAGGGGUAAGGCGAGGGAGAGGGGCGAGCGGGAGAGAGCGGAUGAGAGAGAAAAGGAAGAGAGAGCGAGGGAGAAGGUGCGGAAGGAAAGGGAGAGGGAGAGAGAGAGAGAGGAGAGGGAGAGGGAGAGGGAAAGGGAGAGGGAAAGAGAGAGGGAGAGGGUGAGAGAAAUGGAAAGGGAGAGGGAGAGGGAACGGGAAAGGGAGAAGGAGAGGGAAAGAGAGAGGGAGAGGGAGCGGGAAAGGGAGAGAGAAAGGGAGAGGGAGAGAGAGAGGAAGGAAAGGGAGAAAGAAAGAGAAAGGAGAGAAAGGGAGAGGGAAAGGGAGAGGGAAAGGGGUCGUGAAUCACGGCGGCGAAGAAGAGAUGAUGAGGAGGAGGAAGAGGAAGAGGAGGCGAGGACGGGGCAGGGGGACGACGCGAGACGCAAGCGAGCGAAGGACGAGCACUCGGGCAGGGGCGAAAGAGGCAAAGGGGUCAAAGCUGAUGAGAAAAGGGUUACAGCGGAGGAGAAAGGGAAGGCAAGGGAGGAGGAGAAGGGGAAGGGGAAAGAGGCGGAGGCGGGGAGGGAGAAAGAAGGCAAGGAGAAGGAGGAGAAGGGGAGGGGUGGUGAGGCGGAAGACGAGAUGGACGCGGAGCAGAGGAGACUGGCGGACGAGAUGGAGAGGCGGCGGAGGCGAGUGCAGGAGUGGCAGGAGUCACGCAGGCAGAAGGCGGAAGAGGAGAGGCGCAGGGAGGAGGAGGCGCGGGCAGCCGCGGGAGGCGGGGAGGGGGGAAGCGGGGCUGGGGGGAGCAGCGUGGCGCAGGCGAAUGGGGGAGGGAAGGGGCGCGGGUGGACCUUGGAUGGGGAGUCGGAUGACGAGGAGGAGAAGGGGGAGGGGGGCGGGAAGGGCAAGGAGGGUGAGAAGGGUGAGGAGGAUGCGGAUAUGGAGGGGGGGGAGAGAAAGGGGCUGAAGGGGAAGGGGAAGGAGAAAGUGGAGGAAGGGGGGGAAGGGGAGGAGGGGGAGGAGGGGCGGAAGAUGGAGCUGGACGAGGGAGAGGAGGGAGAGGAAGGAGAGAAGGAGAAAGCAGAUGUGAAAGGGAAGGGCAAGGUUGAGGAGGCGGAGGAGGAGGAGGUGGACCCUCUAGACGCCUUCAUGAACUCGCUGGUCCUCCCACAGGUCGCCAAGCUACACGCCAAGGAUGCCGCCCAGCCAGCCGCCCCAGCCGGAAGCGCACGGCAAGCAGCGGAUGGCAGCAGUUCGUCCAAGGCUGUCAAGGGCGGCGAUGAGCUGACGGGUGGGAGGGCUGGAGGGGGGGAAGAGGGGGGAAAGGCAGGGGCGGGAGGAGCGGGGGCGGGAGGAGCGGGGGGUGAGGGUGGCGGCAAGGGGAAGAAGGCGAAAGCAGAGGGGAAGAAGAAGGGGAAGGGGCUGAAAGGACCCAUGGUGUUCGGAGUUGACUCGGAGUCAGAGGACGAGGGAGGGCCAGACGAAGAGGGGGAGGGGGAGGACGAGGAAGGGGGCGAGGGCAAGAAGGGUGAGGAGGAGGACGCGGACUUCGUGAAACGAGUAACCGCCGUGGCGCAGACAAAAGCAGAGAAACUCGCCCCGGUGGACCACUCGCAGGUGAAGUACGAGCCGUUCAGGAAGAACUUCUACAAGGAGGUGAAGGACGUGGCAAAGAUGACAGCUGAUGAGGUGGCGCUGUACCGCCGCGAGCACGAGUUUAAACUGCGGGGGAAGGACGUGCCAAAGCCGGUGCUGACGUGGGUGCAGAGCGGGCUGAGCAACAAGGUGCUGGAGGUGUUGCGCAAGCUAGGGUUUGAGAAGCCCAUGGCCAUCCAGGCGCAGGCGCUGCCCAUUAUCAUGAGCGGCCGCGACUGCAUUGGCAUCGCCAAGACGGGGUCCGGCAAGACGCUGGCGUUCGUGCUGCCCAUGCUGCGGCACAUCAUGGACCAGCCCCCUCUGCAAUCAGGGGAUGGCCCCAUUGGGCUGAUCCUAGCCCCGACCCGCGAGCUCGUGCAGCAGAUCUUCACCGACAUCCGCCGCUUCGCGCGGCCCCUCGGUCUUUCCUGCGUGCCCGUGUACGGCGGGUCCGGCGUGGCGCAGCAGAUCAGCGAGCUGAAGCGCGGGGCGGAGGUGGUGGUGUGCACGCCGGGGCGCAUGAUCGACAUCCUGGCGACGAGCAACGGGCGCAUCACGAACCUCAAGAGGGUGACGUACCUCGUGCUGGACGAGGCGGACCGCAUGUUCGACAUGGGCUUCGAGCCGCAGAUCGGGCGCAUCAUUGGGAACACACGGCCGGACAGGCAGACGGUUUUAUUCUCUGCGACGUUCCCCCGGCAGGUGGAGACGCUGGCGCGCAAGGUGCUGACGAAGCCGAUUGAGAUCCAGGUUGGUGGGCGCAGUGUGGUCAACAGCGACAUCACUCAAACCGUCGAAGUCCGCCCCGAGGGCCAGGAGCGCUUCCUGCGCCUGCUGGAGCUGCUGGGCGAGUGGUGCGAGAAGGGCAAGACGCUCAUCUUCGUGCACUCGCAGGACAAGUGCGAUGCGCUCUUCCGCGACCUGCUCAAGUCCGGCUACCCAUGCCUCUCGCUGCACGGCGCCAAGGACCAGACGGACCGGGAGUCCACCUUGCAGGACUUCAAAACCAAUGUGUGCAACCUCCUGGUGGCGACGAGUGUGGCGGCGCGCGGGCUCGAUGUUAAGGAGCUCGAGCUGGUGAUUAACUACGACGUGCCGAACCACUAUGAGGACUACGUGCAUCGGGUGGGGAGGACCGGGAGGGCUGGGAAGAAGGGGCAUGCGGUGACGUUCAUCAGUCCGGACGAGGAUCGGUUUGCACCAGACCUGGUGCGAGCCUUGGAGCUGUCGAAGCAGCCGAUUCCGGAGGACCUGAAGGCGAUGGCGGAGGGGUUCACCGCCAAGGUGAAGGCGGGGAGCGUGGUGGCGCACGGCAGCGGGUACGGGGGGAGCGGGUUCAAGUUCAACGAGGAGGAGGAGGAGGCCAAGAAGGCGCUGAAGAAGGCGCGGGCGCUGGAGUAUGGGGUCGUGGUGGAUGAGGAGGAGGGCGGCGAGGAGGAGGAGGAGAAGGAGGAAAAGGAAGGGAGUGGCGCGAUUCGGAGAGUGGAGGCACCGUCGGCAGGCGGGGCGGCAGCAUCGGCGGCUCAGAGUAUUGCUGCUGCUGUGGCUGCCGCUGCUGCUGCCGCAGCAGCAAACAAAACAGGGGUUCCUGCUCCUCUCGCAGCAGCAGCAGCAGCCAACCCCAUCCAGGCAGCGGUGCAGGCCCGCAUGGCCCAGAUGGGAAUCACCCCUGCUGCCGGCGCCACUGCCACUCCGCCUCUCCCUGCCACCACCCCUCUUGCCGCCUCUCUCAUAGGAGCAGCAGCAGCAGGCGAGUCUGCUUCCACAGCCAUAGCCACAGCAGCAGCCGCUGCACCCACCCCUGUCUCCCGCGCUGCUGCCUUCGCUGCUGCCAUCAGCCUGCAGCACAACCUGGCCAAGCUGCAGCCAGCCGAGCCAGUGAAGGCGCACUACGAAGCCGAGUUUGAGAUCAACGAGUUCCCGCAGCACGCGCGGUGGAAGAUCACCCAUAAGGAGACGCUCAACCAGAUCAUCGACUGGACGGGCGCCGCAGUCACCACCAGAGGGCUGUACUGCCCGCCGGGCAAGGCGCUGGCGGCGGGGGAGAAGAAGCUGUAUUUGUCCAUUGAGGGGCCGACGGAGGCAAGUGUGAAGAAGGCCAAGGUGGAGAUCAAGAGGAUCAUCGAGGAGGCAAGUGCGGUGGAGGCGUCGCACCAGCGGCCCGUGCAGCCAGGGAGAUACUCCGUCAUGUGAGGAAGGAAGGUCGCUGGGGAGAUACACUGUGCCUUGGGGAGUGCUGCUGCUGCUGCCAGGGAGAUACACUGUGAUGUGAUGGUUGCCAAGUGCGCAGUCGGGAAAAGUGAGGGCACGGUUAGAAGGGUGGUGGAGGUGGUCUGUACUGCCAGCCUGGCAAGUCCCUUCCAGCCCGCAGGGCAAGGUGCUGCCUGCUGGGGAGAAGAUGUGUUUGUCGAUUGAGAGGCCAGCGGAGGCGAGUGUGAAGAAGGUCAAGGUGGAGAUGAAGAGCCUCAUCGUGGAGGCCAGUGCCGUGGAGGCCAGUGCCGUGGAGGCUUCGCACCAGCGGCCUUCUUUGGAGUGGUUGUUUUUACUCAGGGGGGAUGGGGACUGGCUGAGGAAGGAGGGAGGGGGGGGAAGAGGGGUGGAGGGGGGUAGGGGGGUUGGAUUGUACUGCCAGCCUGCCUGGGGGGAUGGCUGUGAUUGCGAGGGUUGUUAAGGUUGGGUAAGUGUGGCACUGAGGUUGGUAGCUGAUGAGGGGAAGCUGAUGUCUCACUUAUGUUGUGACUACAUGUUCACUGCUCACUGCUGUGCAGUACUCGUGGGCAGGGCUGACGUUUAAAAAAAAACCCACUCUGAUUUUGGCCCCAAAAAAAAUUUCCAAGUCUGAGUAGCCAGGUUUCUGAUUUCAGGUAGUCUGAUUUUGCAGGAUCCAGUGAGACUCAAGUCUGAUAUUCUCAGGGCUCGCAGGCAUCAAUCAGAGUCUAACGCAC